UGAGGGAAGUUCAGUCUGCUCUCAACUUGGGCGCAGGUAUGGGGACCUUCAAGAGCACCUGUCAGGAUUGUUUCGACCGUAAAGAGCAGUGGUAUGAGAUUGGACCCACGGACUUGCUGGAACGCAAAGGCUCCCUAACCCUCCGCUCUCAUCACAAGAAAUACUCGAAGCCAGUGCUGGUGUAUUCCUGGCACCGUGACAGAGAAGCUUUCCCCAAAGAUUAUGACAUAGAGGGACCUGAGACAGUGAAAAAACUGUGUAAUUCAACAUAUUGGCGGUUUGGAACUGACUGUCCAAGGUGGAUAUCAGAAACACAUGAACAGAUGUCCCAAGCUUUUUUAAACAGAGACUUGGUGCAAAGUAAGAAAAAGGCCUUAGUAAACGAUGAAACAACAUGCCCCGGGAUUCUGGAAAGGGAUCCAGAAUUGCCUCCAACGGGCUUUCGGGAUGUUUUUACGGGAUGCCCACCAGAUCAGAGAAAUCCGUGUGCUUUAACAACAUACUCUGAGGAUUACACUCCACAGUAUAAUUAUCCGCCACCUGCUUGUCCGCCUCAAGAUGAGUACUCCACAGUUUAUAGGAAGUGCCGUUCACAGUUCACAGACCUAAAUGGCUCCAAAAGAUUUGGCAUCAACACAUGGCAUGAUGAGAGUGGGAUUUAUGCCAAUUCAGAGGCAAAACAAAGACUCCAUUCAUUGGUUGACAAUCCUAUUGUCCCACGUUAAAAGGCAAUAUGUAUGUUAUCAGGCUCUCAGGCUAAUGAGAAAUAACAAAUGUAGCAGCUAAUAAUUUUCUUUAAUAAACACAAAGUCUUUCAAUCUAAGGAAACAUUUAUAUUCAUAUUCUCAUG